AUGGCAUCCUCAGUACCUCCAGGUGGCGCUCAGGUCUCCGACGUGCUCACCGUGUUUGACUCCUUUCGACAGGAGCUCGACGACCAUAAUGAUCGCAGAGAGCGCCUUAUAAAGGCCAGCCGCGAUGUCACCAACGCGUCCAAAAAGGUCAUAUUCCUCCUCCAUCGCAUAAUGACCGACCCCUCCGUGCAAGAUAAGGACGCCGCCUCCCGCGCCACACAGGAGGGCCACAAAAAGCUCAAGGACAUCCGGCUCAUGUUCAAGGCCAUGAAGCCAGAACUGCACGGCGACCGUUUCUGGCGCUAUCAGCACCAGGUCUCCCCGGGCCUGCAGGAAUACAUCGAAGCGCUCAGCUUUGCGCAUUAUCUCGAUCGGGGGACACUCAUCACCUUUGAUGACGUCCAACAGACCCUCUCGGACGAAGAUGGUCUCGUGAGUGCAGAGCCAGGCACCUCCAUCAACUAA